AGACCUGUCAAAAAAACGUCAGGUUUAUUGAACGACGGUCUACUUUGCAGCCCGUUUAAAUUAAUUAUAAGCUUAAAACUAAGGCUAAAGUGAUGAAGUAACACCGUAUCGAACAAAACCAGAACAAACUCAACAUCUUCACAUUUAAAAACUCAUGGCACAUGCGCAUGACGAGGAUUACGAAGACAGGUACUACUCGUCGGGCCGUGACAGCGAUGACAGCCCCAUCUUGUAUAACAGGUACGCAACCCGCGUGGCGCGCUCUCCGUCGCCGGAGCCGCGCACGCGCAGGUCGACGGUCACCACCCUGGCCAAGUUCUUCCUGUUCUGCACGGCCAUGAUCAUGUUCUGUGUGCUUCUUUACAUACCCGUCUAUAAUAAGGCCAACGAUCAAAUGUUUAAAGGUGCUGCUGUCGCGGGCUGGUCCAUGAAUACAAACCGCGACACUAAAAUAUACGUUCAGCCGAACAACGUGACCACCAUACACGAACCCAAACACAUCUGCCCCCCAUACAACAUAGACAAAAAGAACAACUUAUUCCUUCUCAUCAUAGUAUGCUCCUCAACCACACACUUCGACAGAAGAGUAGCCAUAAGAGAAACGUGGGGGCAUUACAAAACAUAUUUACAAUUAUCUAAAAUUUAUAACGAGAUUAGGGAAAAGUAUAAAGAUUAUAAUUAUACUUACGAUUUGUAUCCAGUAGAUAGUCAUAUUAAUAGUAGUCAGAAAACUAAAAGGGAUAUCAGCAGCUUUAAAAAUUUGCUGCCUGAGUUAGCUAAGGCCCUUAAAAAUAAUCUUAACGAUAAAGUUGAAGUGAAAACAGAAGUACCUGAGGAAAAGAGAUUCGAAGAUGAUGUUAUGCUACCUGAAUUUGAUAUGAAUAAAGAAUUAGGUGAUGAUAACGAUUAUAAAUACGAUUACGAGAGCAACGUUAUGAAAAUACCUCCAAAAGGUUACGAAGAUAAUACUAAUUUAGAUAAAGUUCUUAAUAUGUUAUGGGAAGAUAAAACAAUUCUUAAAGAAGAUGAUGUUAAAGUUAAAGAAGACUUUAAAAUAGAGGGAGAACCAGAUUUCAAACUCUUGUUCCUGCUUGGUUUGCCGAGUAAUGAGAAUGAUACAGAAGUACAGAAUAAGAUAGAAGAAGAAGUGGAGAAGUAUGGAGAUGUUUUGCAGGAGGGCUUCAUUGAUUCUUAUAACAAUCUUACUUUGAAAUCUAUUAUGAUGUUGAAGUGGGUUACGAAUAAGUGCAACGAAAGUGUCCGCUACAUCCUAAAGACAGACGACGACAUGUACAUAAACGUGCCGGCGCUGGUAACAAACCUGCGGAACCGUUCAAAAGACCACGACCUCAAGCACCCGAACAGCAAGGAGUACCUGCUUAUCGGGGACCUCAUAUGUGGCGCUAGGCCGGUCGCUGAUAAGCACAAUAAGUGGUACAGUCCCCGCUACAUGUACUCCGGACGAGUGUACCCUCGCUACCUGUCCGGGACCGGGUACGCGUUGUCCGCGCCCACCGCCUCCGCUCUAUACCGCGCCGCCUUACAUCAGACCUACUUCCAUCUAGAAGACAUUUACAUCACUGGCAUGUGCGCGCUCCGCGCGACCCCGGUGAUCCAGCCGCGCGACGACGCCAUGUUCUCGUACCAGCUGCUGGGCGGCGGCGCGCGCGCAGCCUGCGCCGCGCAUGCGCGCGUCACCGCGCACCACGUGCCGCCGCGCGCGCUGCACGACAUACUGCGGCGGCUGCUGCAGCCCGGCAAGGUUGAUCAGUGUGAACGCUUAAGACUAACGCAGGUAAGGAGGGACCGGAUGCGACCGAAAACGCGCCCUAAGGGCAAGAGACUAACCAAAAUACCCCCUAGGUUAUAAGGACUAACCAUUUUGGGGACGUCACUACGGUGGCGGGGCGUCCGGAUAUCGACUACUGAGGGUCUAGGAAAAUCGAAACGCUAUCUGCCUCUCUAUCGCUCUUGUAUAUGAAAACAGAGACAAACGACGGGCGGAUCUUUAUUUAAACUCGUAAGGCCCACCACAAAAAAAACCUAUUUUUAAUUUGGACUUUGUUGUAUAAGAAAAUUGGGACGAAUGACGUUUGUUUGAAAAAGCAAUGCAACAAAAGACAUGUGACUUUAUUUGGUUCAUGAAAGGUUCUAAUUAUAUUACAAAGAAUAUGUACAUUGUCCCUUACGAGAUUAAUAUUAAGACCGCCUUAAAGAUAAUACCGUGAAAAUGAAAUUGUGUUAUCAGCAUAUUCGAGCGAUAGAGCGGCAUAUAAUGAAAUUUAGAUUUUCAUUUUGCGCGGAUCCUGGGGCCAUCGACAAUCGACCAAUCAUUGACAAUCGGUCAUCGACAAACGCCAAACGAAUAGAAAAAAAAUGUAUCGGGAUGACAGUGACUUCACGUGACUUUUCUAUACAUUAUUUAAAAUUAGGUGGGCAUUUUCUAUUAACGAUUGUCACCUCGACUAUCCCUUCAGAUAUUUUCUAUAGUCGAUAGUUAGACGCCCCGCCAUAAAAAAUACAUUUUUCAUUUUGUUCUAUAUAACUAUUUCAAAAAUGUGAUAAAAUCAGGAAGAAAUAGUUUCAUCAAAACGGCGUAAGGGACAAAAUCGUAAAAACGGUGUUAAGAAAUGAAAAUGUUGCCUUAAAUAAGUUAGGACUUACGAUGUUUGUCCCUUAAAAAUUAAAAGUGUUUUGUAGUGACUUCUAGUUUAAGGGAAAGAUGGCCUUUUUGUAAAAAGAUAUGGUAAAGGUUUUCAAUUUAAUAUUAAGUAUAUGUAAUUGUGGUAUUAGGAUGUCGAGAGGCCAAAAUAUUGGUUUUGUUAUAAAUUAUUUUCAUUGGGCAUUUUAUGUUUAUAAAUUAUUUUUUAAAUAGAGUUGAACUAUAAAGUACAAUUACCAAUAACCACUAUUGCAUGACAUUUUAUUAAUUUUAAUUUUAUUUUAUUAUGAUGUUUAAAAAUAAUGUGUUAAAUAAAGUAAGGUUCAACGUUUUUCAUAUACCUAGGUCUUAGACCUUGGUUCAAACAGCUUUAUUUCAAUUCGUAGACCCUUAAAAACCUAUAGGGUUUUAUAGUUUUAUUCCAAGCAUAAGACUUAAAACAUUGACCAAAUGAUAUCAGAAUUAUAUAAUGUUGGUUUUCGUAUGAUAGCAUAUAUUUUUUAAAAUUAAUAGAGCUUGAACUGACAGCUAUGGUAAGAUACUUUGGCAGCUAUUUGCAACUAGUUGCCAUUUCUGUCUACCCUACGAAUCAAGUUUUGUCCAUAAACUCCACUUUUAUAUUUGUUAGGUUUUUUUAAUACACUGCAUGUUACAUAUUUUCCCGAUAUUUCGUCUUCCUUUAUGUUUUUGCGCAGAAGUGUGAUCAGUAGUAAUUUCGUUUGUACAGAUUUACAGAAUGAUCUUUUAAGUAAACUGAAGUUAUUGUAUCCAUAAAGAGUUUUUUCUUCAAAAAAAGUUACAAAACUCUAAUCAAGUACAUAAUUACUUACUCAAUGCUUCUAGAUAUUUUUUGUAAUGUAAGAAUCUCAUGAACCCGAGUUUUUUACCCAUUUCAUUUGAUUUAUUAUAGUAGAUAGGUUCUCUAGUGUAGAUAGGCAACUAAAUGUCAUUGACAAAAAACUUUUUUAACGCCUUUAAAGGCAGUCCUGGCCGCCGAGCUGAGAUAAAAAGAUGCGGAUGCGAAUAUUUAUUAAUAACAGUUGGUACAUGAAAAAUAAUUAAACUAAUUCCUAUUUGAAUUCAUAGUACAUAUAUCAUAAUAUAAGUCGCAUUGUAUUUUUGUCUGUUUUUAGUGUUGAUCCAGUCUUUUUUUAGAUAAUAAUUUCAGUUUAAAAAAAAAGUAAAAGGGUGUUUUUAUAAUAAUAAAGUACACGUCCUUUGUUAAAUUUAAAAUGUAGAUCUACUUAAAAUAAGUCUAUUCACAAAGUAUACAAUUUAACAAACAUUUUUGUCUGCGUUUUAUUAUCGUCAAAAAAUGCAUGAAAAAAAUGGUAAAAGGAUAUUUGGUUAUUGAUAUUCCAAUACAAAUUUUGGAUUUGACGCCUUUUCUACUAACGUUGGCUUGCCAGAGUUUAUUUGUAAAUUUCUCCCCGUAGGUAUAAGAUCAAACUCCGUCUUAAAAUAAUUAUAAAUCUUUAUAUAAAAAAGCGUACACGUAUAAAUGUGGCCAAUAGAAAUAUAGGAGUGGAAGGGCUGUACAUAAAAAGAGGAAUGCAUGUUUUGAUAUUCACUAGAUAGAGUCAGACCAAGACAAGUCUGCAACGAUUUUGAUAACACACGCAGUUCAACGCAGUUAUUUUAAACGUCAAACUUCUAUGAAAUUAUGACGUAUAACUAACACUUGCACUGCGUGUGCUAUCAAAAUCGAUGCAGACUUUGGUCUGACUCUAGUAACAUAUUAUUUACUUUUGCAAAUAUAUAUGAAAGCGGGCUCCGAUAAUCACUAUACGUUAACUACCUUUUAAUUAAUAACUAAUAUUUACCUACUCGAUUAGGUAUAAAAAAAUAAACAUAUUAACAAAUAAAAUAAAUUAACGAAAAAGUGAUAGAGAUUUUUAUACAGGGUUAUUUUCGGACCAUUAGCCAUAUUGUGCGAGGUGAUUAGGUAGGUCAUACUGAACAACUUUUUCUAUGGGACUAACCCCGAAAUCCCAAAAAAACUGGCCUUCCCAUAGAAAACGUCGAAAUCCACUCGACCAAAAUGUAUGAAACGGCCAAAAAAUUUUUUGUGAUUUCGGAGUUGGUCCCAUAGAAAAAGUUGUUCAGUAUAGCCUACCUAAUCACCUCGCACAAUAUGGCUAAUGGUCCAAAAAUUACCCUGUAUAUAAUGUAUUUAUUUCCAAUAACAAAAAUGAGGGAUCCAUAGAUUGUGAUCAGUUUAACAAAAUGUUGACAUAAAUGAUUUAACCGAGUUAGAUUUUAUGUAAAUAAUUAAAUAUUUCAUUACAUUUAUUUCUGCAUCAUAAAGUCUCGUCAUAUCUAUUUGCAAUAGUGAAAUAAUAUUUACUUAUUUUUUUACUCUAAUAUGAUCUGUUGUAUAAUACUGUUGUUUGAUUAAUUAUGUGCACGCAUGCUCAUCUACACAUUUUUUAUUUACUUUUAUUAAAUAUAUUUUGUCAUAUCUUAAUUAUUUCUCCUCCUUUCAGAUGAAAGAGCCCCAACAUAAACUAUACGUGUUGUACAAGUACAUAAAAAUGCUGGUUUCUCCCGAUUGCUAGUGGCGUAGCUAAGUUACAACACAAAAUUAAAAACCACAGUUUUCAUCGAUGGAUUACGGAUAAAAUGUAUCGGCAAUUUACUUAAAUACCUACCUUAAAUAGUAAUAAAUGUAAUAAAAUAAUUUUACAUAUCAUGUGGCUCAAGUGAAAUCGUAAUGUUAAAAGUAUUAUAAAAGAACUGAGUAACGAACAAAUAUGUGACGUCCCAUGGGUAAAGGUACCUUAUGGCGGUUGGCCCUUACGCUAUUAUUAUCGCCGCUCCAAUAUUAUUGUGGCGCUAUACGACGUAAGCUCCAGCCGCCAUAAGGUACCUUUUACCGUGGAACGUCAAAUAUUAUUAUUAAAUGCAUAAACUCUUUGAGAGUUGAAGAGAUGAGUCCCGAUUUGCUAAAUUAAAAUGUAUAAAUUAAAUGUAAAGUAAGCUAGCUACGCCAUUUCUACAGGUUGGCUUGAAAAUUAUAAUAAAAAAUAAAUAAUAUAAAUUCAGCUCAAUAGCAUGUUUAUUUAUAUUUGUUUAUUUUAUUCUCAUUACUGCUAUGGCUCAAUUAUUAGUAAAGAACAUAAAAAAAAACCAUAGUCAUUUUAUUGAGCUUUUAUUUUUUAUUGGCGUUUUUAAGUCACCUGUAUAAAUACCACUUUUAACCUCAACUCCCUUGCGGCAAUCGGGGCUUAUGUACAACAAUUUAAAUAUUCGUUAGAAACAAUGAAAUUGUAAGAUUUAAACAAUAUUUUAAUAUAAGUACUCAACAAUAAACUUAUCUACAAAGGUUGUAAGUGCCAAAGUGCCAAUUGUCGUAAGAGACGUGAUAAUCUCGUGUGACUCGAAUUUUUGCUCAUAUUUCAUUUUUUUGUACUAAACAUAGCAUAAAAGUUCAUGUAAGUUUACAUUUAUAGGUCUACCAAUUGACAUAUGCGGUUGGUAUAGUGGUAGUGCGAUGAUUUCUACCUUCUACAGGUACCUAACUUAGGUUUGGGACUAAGGGUAGUUUGAAUAUGUUAACAUAAUACAAAUCAGUCAUAUAUUCGGACCAAGCUAACUCCGCACGGCAUUUGCUAUGACAGUGUACUAAUGUCAUCAUUAAUGUCAAAUUUCUAUGACAAUAUGACGUUUAUAAUAACACUUCUCACUUUGUUCCGGACUCUACCCAGCCAAGCCUUCUACCGAAUCCGAAAAUUACUUCGUACCAACCUAGUUAAGCGGUGGACCUAUAGAUAGAUAAUUUUCUUUAUUUUAUUUACACAUUAGAUUACUAUUUUUAGUACACAAAAUCUAUUAAUCAUUUAUUUUAUGUUGAGAUUGUUUUUUAAUCUAGUUUUUGUUGGAAUCAAUUUUUUUAUACUUAAUAUUCCACUAUCAGUAUUCUGUGUUUGGAUCCUUUUUACGAGUUUUACUUAAAUUUAUACAUAGAAUUGCUAAGUAGUCGUAGAUAUUAAUGAAAUUGAUGAAAUUGUGAACACAUUAGAAUGUAAGUAGGAAUUAAUUUGUUGGGACCCGCGCUCACACCCAGUUUUAAAAGAAUUUGAUCACUUAUUUGCAUACUAUAACUAAACGACGUAAAGGACAAUUACCAAACUAUACGUUUGCGUUUUAAAUUUCGAAUCUUAUGUUUAUUAUUUUAGCUCCAAAUCCAACCACAUCUCAAGCUAAAAUAAUAAGGUCAAAAGUGUGAAAUUGACGAUUACUUUCAAAUGGAAAAGAUUUCAAAAAUUUCAUAUCUGAUCAUAUAUUUUUGAUGAUUAUUAACAAUGGUUCACAUACUUACGCCGUUUGACUUAAUAUAAUUUUAUUCAUACGUCAAAUUAUCUCCAAAAUAUUCGUUAGAUAUAUUUGUACCUAUUCUACAAUGAGAUUGCAAAAGAUAUUGACUAAACAAUACUUCAGCAUCGUGUGGCGCGGGUGUUAGAUUUUUAUCAAAGUGAUGUUAGUGCCUUUUGAUCCAUGUAUUUUGUUUACAAAUCAUUGUUUAAUACCAUUUAUAAAUAUUAAUCAUCGUGCUAUGUGAUUUAACAAGUCUAUUUAUUUGUUUGCUUCUUACAUAUAUGAGCAUGCUAUGUGUUUUGUGCAGGGGUCGGAAACCGGUAUUUACUCUAUACAAAACACCGGUAUUAUUUAGUUCUUUUUCGUGCUUUGGUUUAUUAUUUCACUUUUAAUGGGACAAUUUAAUAAUACAAACUCGUUACCUAAAUACUUGAUUCAGUCCUACGUAAAGAGCAUAAAAUAAUUCAAAACAUUGUGUUAAUUCGGGGUUUUAAAAAAAUACCGGUUCAGAGCCCUGGUUUUGUGGCUUUAUUUUAUUAACAUAAAUUAUCGUAAAACACCCAUGUGUAAAUGAUCUAUAACUUGUUGUAGUCUCGAAUUUUAUUCUAGAUUGAAAUUUAUCCGUACUUCGAAUAUACAACAAAUAUUUAUUGACAUGUCUGAAAAGACGUAAGGGACAAUUACCUUUUUUAUACGCCCAAAUUUAAUUGUCCUUUACAUCGAUUUUUACUGCAUAUUUUUUUUAAAAGAAUACCGGUUCAGAGCCCUGGUUUUGUGGCUUUAUUUUAUUAACAUAAAUUAUCGUAAAACACCCAUGUGUAAAUGAUCUAUAACUUGUUGUAGUCUCGAAUUUUAUUCUAGAUUGAAAUUUAUCCGUACUUCGAAUAUACAACAAAUAUUUAUUGACAUGUCUGAAAAGACGUAAGGGACAAUUACCUUUUUUAUACGCCCAAAUUUAAUUGUCCUUUACAUCGAUUUUUACUGCAUAUUUUUUUUUGUUUGAAUGUUUUUUGUAUGUCGCAUAGUAUGUUGUUUUGAUAUUUUCUACUGGCCAAAUUAUAAGUGUUAUCGUAUCGUUAUGAAUAUAGUUACUCAGAGCUUUAUAUCUAGCAGAAUCUCUCGAAUAAAACUAAGCCCAGUCUUUUCCAAUCUAAAAUAUGCCGGUAACUAAAUAGAACUACUUUAAAAUUCCUGUCUCUUUCACUACUUAGUAACGUUUAGUGUGAGUGAAAGGGACAUGAGGAUGUACAUCCUUCGGUCGACAUUAAAUAUAUCUUGACCUCUUUCACUAACAUAUUAGUUUAACGAUAGUAAUAUAGCAAUAGAUAUAUAUAAUAACCAGCCAACUCAUGUCUGUCCAUUCUCUACUCUGAAGUUUUUAGGUCCUCCAUUUUACCUACGGUUCAAUUCAAAAAGGUUAUACAGCCUAAGUAGUCAAUAAUAUGUGACUUUGUGUAAUAUGUGAUUUUCAAUUUUCACCUUGGCCGUACUAUUUUGUUAUUUCCAUUUUUCUUUGUAUACUUAUUCUGGAUUUCUUUGUAUACUUAUACUGUGUUUAUAUACAAUGUUUUUUGAAGUACCUAAUCUAAUUGAAUUUUGUAUAAAUUUCUUUAUCAAAAGAUUGUUAAUGUAGAAACGUGUGUGGUACCAAAAGAAAACCGAUAAAAACAGUUUAUGUACUGUAACAAUUGUAGUUCAAUCGUUUAGAAAUUGACUGUCUAUAAUUCCCAGUUUUCCUAACAUUCCUAAACUUAAAUUACCUAUUUAUAAUAUUUAUAUUUUAUGUAUAUAUAUAAUAUAUAUUUAAAUUGUCAAUCUUGAUUAACUUUUAAUCCGUACUCGAAUAAUAUACAUGGUUUUUAAAGUUCCAAAUUGGUACAGAGAAACAUUGUAUUUUAAAAAUUACUUCUUUAAUAAACCGUUAAGUCCAGAAGUUAAGAUGGAAAAAAUGAAUUCCUAUUAAAUUUUGUUCUUUUUUGUGGUGCAAUAUUCUGUAAAUCAUUAUUAUAAAUAAUUAUAUUUUAGGUGGAUAUAUUAUUUAAAUAAUCUCAAUAAAAUGUCUUCGAUAUAUUAAAACAUCCUCGUAAUUAAUAACAAAAAAUAGUAGAAAAGCAAAUAUAUAAACAAAAAUACCUAUUCACUAUUCAGCUUACAUUUGUAACAAAUACACAUAAAAAUAUAUUGUUUAGUUUUAUAGUUAAGUAAGAAGGAAUGUUGUUUUUUGUGAAGAUACUCUGGUCUAAAAUAAAAAAGUAGGUACAUAACCUCGUGCCUCAAGAUGUACAUUCAAUUUCUAUGAAAUGUCAACAUUGUCAACCUUCGUUAAAACAAAUAAGUGAAGUAUCUUUGGGGUCAUCCAUUAAUUACAUCACACGUUUAGGGGGAGGGAGGGGGGUCAAGAAAAUGUGACAUAUUGUGACAUGGGGGAGGGGGGAGACACAAACUUUGUGACGUCACUUUAACUUCAUCAGUAACCGAGAAUUUAUUUAAAUUAUUUUAUUCGCUGUACAUUUAAAUAACAAGUUUUUAAAACGAUAAGUACCUAAUCGUUUUUAUUCGUUUGAUUUUCUUUCCUAAGCAGUUUUGGGUUAUAAAAUUACUAAUAUUUGUAUCGUCAAAAAUAUUUUGAUAAUAUAUUAAUAAUACUUAGGUACUUACUUAAUUCGAUUUGGCGAUUUCGUAGAAAAAAUGUGACGUCACCCCUCCCGGUUUGCCAAAUGUGACCAAGUGUGACAAGGAGGGGGGGAGGGGUCAAAAAACCGAGAAAUUCGUGUGACGUAAUUAAUGGAUGACCCCUUUUCAUUUGUCUCGUAAAUUUUUCGAACAAACUAAUUUCAACCCAAUUGCUUAUAAAACUAAGUUCGAAAUUCCUUAGCUAUAAUUUUGUAUGGUGGGCGGCAUGAGGAUAAGUCCAGAGAGUUUUGAGAAACGGAUCUAAAUGUGAUUAACACUUAAACUCAUUUUUUAUAAAUAUGGAAUACUUUAUAUAUACUUACUUAUCACCAUAUAGUUUUCUAUUUAGUGAUCAUAAGUGUCAAAUCUAGAUUAAUCCUUAUUUACUAUAGAUAUAAAUUUUUAUUUUUUUUUCAUUUUAUAUUGUGACAUUUUUUUACGAUCUUAUAUGAAUAGAGUUAAAUCAAGAAAAAUUUGCAGCGAUUUUGAUAGCCCACGCAGUUCAAGUGUCAUUUUAAACGUCAAACUUCCAUGAAAUUAUGACGUUUAAUAACACUUGCACUGCGUGGGCUGUCAAAAUCGCUGCAAACUUUUCUUAGUUUAACUCUAGCUAUGCUUACUGAUUAAUCAGGUAUUCGUAUUUUAGAAUCCCUAUAAAUUGAAUUCUUAGCAUUUUUGAUUUUAUAUAGUUGCCACACUAUUUUUUCUGAUAUAUUUUAUAAUAGAUAUAAGCAAGUUUGUAAAUAAAUGGGGCAUUAUCUAUGAAAAGGGACCUUAUUGUCGAUGACGCUUACGCCGCACAGCGUUGCGCAGCAUUGUAUUUAUAUCGGGGCAUCGUUAAUAAUGGCGUAAGCGCCAUUGACAAUAAGGUCCCUUUUCAUAGAUAACGGCACAAAUGAAGUUUGUAAAGAAAUACAUUUUGACAGUUUUACAUAUUCUGUUGCUCCAAACGUCGCCAUGAUUAGUGUAUUAAAUUGUAAAACUGUAAAAAUGUCAAAUAGAGUCUAUGAGGAGGUUGUAUAGAUAGUUAUCGACGAAAGCCAUGUUACAUUUAGAGAUAAAAUAAAAAAAAGGCAAUGUCCCAGAGAUUUGCUACAUUUUGAACCUUAAUAAGCCUAUCUGAGCGUUUUUUUAAUUUUUUGCCAUUUUUAUAUAUUGUGACCUUUUUUGCCACUUUUGUGUUAUUUCUACUCAAAAUCACUAACCCUUUCGAUCCUAAUGGGAUAAAAAAUGUCGCAGAGUUUUUUUCCUUUUGUGUUACCAUUUCCCCAUAUACUUUGUAUGGCGGUAACAAAAAGGAAAGUUAGAAAAAGGUAUGGAAUUUAUAGGACACUUUUUCUCUCCUAUGAGGAUGAAAAGGGAUCGCGCUCCUGAGUAGAAAUAACACAGAAGUGGCAGAAAAGGUCACAAUAUACUUAUAAAAAUGGUAAAAAAUAAUAGAAACGCUCAUCUUCGUGAUUUUUUUUCGUAUUAAUUUAAGCAGUUUUAGAUUUUUUGUAAACAAUUUUUAUGAUUAAUAAUAAUGAUUACUAGAGUUAGACCAAAGAAAAAUCAGCAACGAUUUUGACAGCACACGUAGUGCAAGUGUUGUUACUACUUACGUCAUAAUUUCAUAGAAGUUUGACGUUUUAAAUAACACUUGCACUGCGUGUGUUAUCAAAAUCGUUGCAGACUUUUCUUGGUGUAACUCUAAUAUUCAUACAUAUCCCAAUUGUUUUUGAUUACAUAUUCGUAAUUCCAUGUAAUCCAUGAUAACAAUAUCAUAAAAAAUGAGUAUAGCUAAGCUUUUCAUUAAGCCGUCGAACGUCCAUCAUACAACAAAUUGAUGCAAAGCAAUUUGACCCAUAUUGAUAUGUAGUAACACGUCUGAUAUAGUCAAUCCAUGAAAAGUCUGCAGCGGAUUUGAUAGCCCACGCAGGGUAAGUAUUAUUUUAAACGUCAAACUUCUAUGAAAUUAUGACGUAAAUGACACUUGCACUGCGUGGGCUAUCAAAUCCGCUGCAAACUGUCCUUGGUUCGACUCUGAGUUGCUACGAUCCAAAUUGAUUUAGUAUCACACGUGUGAUUAGGGCGCUCCACGGGUCAAAACGCUAGGAUUUGAUAUUCAUUUGAUAUGGAUUUUUGAAGGUUCAAAAUGUGCUACCUCAGCGCCUGAUAAUAGUUAUUUUUCAUACUUGUAAAGUGUUGCAAAAAGUCAUUUUAUGAUUAGCUUUGCCUUUAAAGAGUCCCUAACGCAUAGUGUUCCGAAUGUGAUGACUUUUGUAAUAAAUGAAACGAAUCAA